AUGGAUACCAUUCGCGGGGAGAUAGCGGAUUUAGAUCUUAAAUAUCACAUGUGCCGCGCCGAAACAUUGUCUAUCAUGACAUUACAAGACAAAGAACCUCGCCUUGAACUCUCAAUUAAGAAUCUUGAAGCGUUGAACCGUCUCAACAACGCUUCCAUACCAACCGCAAUGUCGCAGAACAUCCUCAUCCUGGGCGCUGGAGAACUAGGCCUCUCCGUUCUCGAAGGGCUGUCUCGCCAUCCCAAGCGCCAGCACCAAAGAAUCACUGUUCUUACCCGCCAGGCCACCCUCGACUCAGCCGCCCCGGAGAAGAGGAAGCUCGUCCAGCAUAUUCGGGCCCUCAACGCCGGGACCGAAGCAGGUGACAUUGCAGCUGCCAGCGUAGACGACCUGGCAGCCAUUUUUAAAAAGUACGAUGUCGUCGUGUCGUGCACCGGCAUGGCCUUGCCGUCAGACGUUCAGUUCAAGAUCCUAGACGCCGUCGUCGCCGCAGGCGUGAAGCGCUUUUUUCCCUGGCAGUUUGGCAUGGACUACGAUGCCAUUGGAAAAGGCACAUCGCGGGAUUUAUUCGACAAGCAGAUUGAUGUGCGCAACAGGCUGCGCGCGCAAAAGGAUGUAGACUGGACAAUCGUAUCCACAGGUUUAUUCAUGAGCUUCCUGUUCCGCGCCGACUUUGGAGUCGUUGAUCUAUCCCAAAAGACUGUUCGCGCGCUGGGAAGCUGGGAGACUGAAAUCACGCUCACGACGCCCCAAGACAUUGGUCGCGUGACAGCCGAGCUAGUUCUCGAUCCACGCGGCGUUGGCAGUCGGCCUGUUUACACGGCUGGCGACACUAUUACCUACGGACGCCUGGCAGAGAUGCUGGAGGCACAUUUUGGGGUUGCGUUUAAGCGUGAGCUGUGGGAUUUGGAUGUUCUCACGAAACAAUCGGAGGAUGAGCCGGAUAAUAAGAUGAUCAAGUACAGGUAUUCGUUUGCGCAGGGACGGGGGGUGGCGUGGGAUAAGGAGGGGACUGUGAAUGUGGAGAGGGGGAUUGAGGUUGUUGAUGUGAAGAAGUAUCUUGAGAUGAUGGAUUUCAAGGUUGGGGAGUAG